GGCAGACUACCAUCGAAAUUGGUAGCGGAGCCUGCCAUCCAGUAGGCCCGCUUUGGGAGAAAGGUGAGCCGAAGAUGCAGGGACGAGGCAUCAUCAAGGAUGGGACUCUGGAGUUGGUGACCUGGUCUGGUGACUACAGCAGCUGGCAGGACUACGUGCGUCGAGUCCGCUUGGCGUACGAGCGCACAGAGAAACGCAAGCGAAAGCUCUUAAGGCCUGAAUUGGUCAGUCGCCUGAAAGGCAAAGCCUGGGAAGUGUCUGUGGAGAUUGAUCAUGAUCAGCUGCGAAAGUCCACAGGCCCGCGAUAUCUAUUGAGGUUUCUGGAGGAGCGACUCCUGAAGUCGCCCAUCAACGACCUGGGUUUGCGCCUGGAAGACAUGUUUGUGAAACUGCGGAGACAGCAAGGUACAGGCAUGUCACAGUGGGCUGCGCAGGUGAGGGAAUGCUACCGCCUGCUGAAGCGAUCACUUGGAAAACUGCAGGCAACACGCAACCCACUGACUGAGCGCAAUGUCAAGUCCCUGGAAAAGGCUCAAAAGGGUUCUGAUCGGCCUGGACCCAAACCUUCAAGGAGCGGUGAGCCCAAACGGAGUGUUGAGGAGCCUGAGUCUCAACAGGAUGCAGGCAGUGCUCGAAAGAGCACCACCACGGUGAAGCCAAAAGAGUAUGGUUUGUCUCCCGAAGCCAAGCCGGCUUCCGGAGCCCCUCAGGAGGAUGUUCAACCUGAGCAUCAUGAUGCUUCCUAUCAUGCCAUGGAUGGCGGGGAGUCUUGGUAUCAACCUUACCGGGAAGCGGCCUGGAGUGAGCGUGACUGGCGCCGUUGGCGUGAGGGGCGUUGGAGACGCUACGACGACGGCGAGGACUCCAGUGACACAGAGUCGGAAAUCCAGUGGGAGGAGUUCCUCCAUGAUGAGGAAGUGGUUCCCGAGGAAGUCCUCGGGUGGCUAUUGUUGCGUAAGGCAGGUUUAUCCUCGAGUGCACGGCUUGCGGUGCAGAGUGCUUUGCAGGGAGAUCUGUCUUUCAAUAAGGUCGAACGAACUCUCCGUGACCAGGAGGAGGAGCUUCUCGGUGUUGAGAAACACCAGCGUGGUGGCCCAGGGCGCAUGACGCAACCACCUCGCCGCACCUACUGGAUUGAGGUUGACGGUAUCUGGGGUGUGCUUCCUGAUGGUUGGGUGGAUGAGCCUCCAGAUGAUCAGGUAUGCUGGGCCAUGAGCACCCCUGACUUCGAGGUCGAGUGGGUCUACUACGAGGACGAGUGGCACACCCAGGAUGGCGAGGGUGUAUGGUGGACCCAUGCUGAAGUUCAACCCUGGCUGGACAUCGAGGAGAUCAUGAUGCAGUUGAGUGAGAUCUAUGGCCAGUUUGAACAGAAGCGGCGCACUUUUCAGGAGUCCCGACAGAUUGUUAAGGACAAGAUCCUAAACCGAGGCUUUUAUCCUGCCAAGGGCCGUGGUAAAGGUAAAGGCCGUGGCCCCUCUAGCAAGGGAGCUGGAAAGGGGAAGGUGUUUGGUGCCGCGCCGAACACGUGGGGAUCAAAGGGCAAGGGCAGUUCCAAAGGUACACAACGACCCGGCCAUCCUUCGUUCACCGGAUGCUUCAUCUGCGGGGAUAAAGGUCAUGACUAUCGGACCUGCCCUAAGAGGACUCAAGGUUCUCCAUCGCGGCCGGGACCUCGCGGGGUGGCUUUUAUGGAAAUCGAGGAUAAGUCCGCCGGCGCCUUCUUUGUUGAGGAGCUGGAUGCCGAGGACCUGUCCACGGGUGCGGAUUCGGACUACCCCGAGGUCUUCAGAGACAACUUGCCGACUGGGGGUAUUCGCCAGUUUCCAUUCUGCGUCAAGGGCAAGGCCGUCCUUGACAUCGGAGCUACAGCCACAGUGGGAUCACUACAAGCCAUUGAUGAGAUCAUGUCGGCAAUGAGUGCCCGAGGAGAGUGUGAAACUCUUCGUGUGUAUCCCGGCUGCCAAAGGCCCUUUCGCUUCGGGAACGGCCAGGUAUCUAGCUCUUUGUCCUACGUUGAGAUUCCUCAGCGCUUGGACGGCCAUCUCAUCUACUUGGGAGUGCACACCUUGGAUGCUGAAGGGGUCCCCGUGCUCCUGUCGGUGAAGACGCUGAAGAAGCUGGGAGCGAUCAUCGAUGUCUCCCGAAGACUUGUGAUCUUUCAGUCCGUGAAUGCCCGCAUAGCCAUUCGGCUGGAGGAAUCACCCUCCGGACAUCUCUUGUUGGAUUUGAGCAAGGACUGGAUGAGCGAGUCAGCGACGCAGCAAUACAUGCCUCCCGAGUGUGUCAGUGCAGUGUGUCCUCUCCUCUUGCUUCCGAGUCGUCUCUUGAAGACGUUUCCAGCUUGGCCAGUGCUGUCCGUGCACUGGAGUCCCUUCCUCACUCUCCACGCCCGAGUGAUCAUGCCCUCCUCAACGGAUCCCGACUCCACCAUCGACAACUUGCCCGUGACCAAGAGCAAGGCGAAGAAGGGCAAGGACAAGACUCGAGCACCCCCAGAGGAACGGCUCGAUUACAGUCGCACGGUGGGGAUCGAUACUCGGGACCCCCGGGCCCUUGGUGGGCCAUGCGAAGGAGAGCACAAGCCUCAGGCGAUGGGCCGAGGUUCUCGAUCGGGGCGCAAUGCCCACGGGGAGUGGAUCGUCUGCGAGAAGUGCGGGAUCAGGCUGACUUACACUCCAGCCUACGGGGCGACGGGGAUGUACAGGUCGGCGGGGCCACUGCCAGCGGACACAUCGCAUGUACUGGAGACGAUGACGUCUCCAGUGGGGGCCAAGGCGGCCCAGGACGAGCUCUCCACCCGGGAGAUUGCCAUCGCCGGUGCGGAGGAGAGUUUGAAGAAGCGCUGGGAUCAACUUCAGCGGAUGAAGGGUGCGAAGCCAAAACAAGCAGCCAAGCCGAAGGAGAGUGCAGUGAAUCCCGAGUCCAAAGAGGUUCCUCCGGAACUUUCCAAGUCGAGCCAGCCUCAGAAGUCGAAGGGCACCGGAUCCAACGAUCCGGAUUGGGAGAUGCCUCCCCAUGCCAGUCGCAAGAAACCGCAUGCCUUGACCGCCGAGCAAGUAGAGUAUGUGAUAUCCGCGCAUAGCUCUAGGGCCUGGGCUGCAGCUGAAGCGGAGGUCAUGAAUGUGACCGCCGGCGAUGAUUCGGAAAAUGAGGAGAGCACCUGGGUGGUGACCAGGGAUUUGGAUGCAACUAUCAAGAAGCAUUGCAUGUGGGUUCAACACAAGGACACCUUCGAGAUGUUCUUCAACAAAGGGGUGCUCGAGAAUGAGAAACCUCAACGGCUUUGGUUGGCCCAACUGGACGCUGGAAGACAAGUGGUCUGGGAAUGGCCUGAGAAUACUCAGUCCUGGAAGCGCGGUGAGAUCCGUGCCUUCAUGCAGCGUUUGCGGGAGUUCAAGCCAGGAGCCCCGUUCAUCACGAGUGUGGCGACUUUGGAGUACGUCGCAGAGCUUGAAUUGAGCGAUCCCGAGAAGAUGACCAAGGAGGAGCGGGUGAUCCAUGCCCAGCUCAUGAAGCUGCACCGCAGGUGUGGCCACCCAGGGAAUCGUGCCCUGGUCAAUCUUCUCAAGACUCGUGAGGUGGAUGAGCAUGUCAUUCGCAUCGCGCAGAAUCUUCGUUGUGAUGAGUGUCAGAAGAUGAAGGUGAGCGAACCCCACAAUGUGGUGGGACUGGACCGAUGUGAGCAGUUGUGGCACACUCUUCAGAUUGAUCAUGUGGAUUUUCAGUGGAAUCGAGAAGUUGUACAUGUGCUUGUGCUCACAGAUGAAGCCAGUCAGUAUACCAUUGUGCAAGAGAUGCAUCGGAGACCCGUAGAAGAGUCUCGCAAUUCCACGACAGCUGAGGUGAUCCGAGCUAUUGAAACUUCCUGGGUGAUGCGUCAUGGGUAUCCCAGCCGCAUUCGUCUAGACCCUGAAGGUGCCUUUAAAGGCACCGCUCUUGGUGACUGGGCAGCAGAGUGCGGGAUUGAGAUGGAUGUUAUUCCAGGGGAGGAUCAUGCUCAGAUUGGUGUUGUGGAGCGCAUGGGUGGCAUUCUUAAGCAUCAUGCACAUGUUAUGCUACAGGGAGAUUCAACAUGGAUCCUUUUCGUGCACUUGUGCUUAUGCGCUCGAGCACCGACACCCACGUGGACAUUCCAUGACUUGAUCCAGCAUUUGCACAAGGGCCAGUACGUACCAUUCCUUUGGCCGGAAAUCCUGAGCGACCUCGUCGAGCUCGAUCAGAAGGCCCCGAUGGACGUGGGAGGACUCCUACUCAAGGAAGAUCUAGAUCACGGGCGCGCACGAGAUCAGGAGGACGUGGACUUUCUGGUGAUCCUGGCGGAGUUCCUCAUGAUCUUCCUGGACGUCGACUUCCUGGUGACGCUGGCGGAGUUCCUCGUGACCUUCAAGGACGUGAACUUCCUGGUGACGCUGGCGGAGUUCCUCGUGACCUUCAAGGACGUGAACCUCCUGGUGACGUUGGCGGAGUUCCUCGCGACCUACAUGUACGUGGACCUCCUGGUGACGCUGGUGGAGUUCCUCGUGAUCUUCAUGGACGUGUACUUCCUGGCGAUGCUGGCGGAGUUCAUCGUGAUCCUCAUGGAAAACUAUGCCUGCAACUUCGCCUCGUACUACGUCUACUCCAGCUUCGUCAUCGACUGCGCCUAG